AUGGCGACCUUCCUGGAGAAUGCGUACAGCCUGGUGCAUCAGGACAACACCGCCGACCAGCCCUCCCUCCAGGACCUGCGCAACCAGCUGGAGAAAGGCACCGAUGAGACCAAGCAGGAGACCAUGAAGCGCAUUCUGACGGUCAUGCUCAACGGCGAUCCGAUGCCACAACUGCUCAUGCAUAUCAUCCGAUUCGUUAUGCCCUCGAAGAGCAAACCGCUCAAGAAGCUGUUGUACCUCUACUACGAAAUAUGUCCCAAGCUGGACUCCAAUGGCAAGCUCAAGCAAGAGAUGAUUCUCGUCUGCAAUGGCAUUCGAAUGGACCUACAACAUCCCAACGAGUACAUUCGUGGCAACACCCUUCGCUUCCUCUGCAAGCUACGAGAGCCUGAACUCAUCGAACCACUCCUCGCCCCUACCAGAGCAUGUCUCGAGCACCGACACUCAUAUGUUCGCAAGAACGCCGUCUUCGCCAUUGCGUCCAUCUUCCAGCACUCAGAAGCCCUGAUGCCUGACGCUCCCGAGCUCAUCCAAAACUUCCUCGAGGGGGAAAGUGACAACACUUGUAAACGCAAUGCUUUUGCUGCUCUGCUCAGCAUCAGUCACGAGAAGGCAUUGGAAUACCUCAGUGGAGUGUUUGAAGGCAUCCCAAACUCGAGCGAGCUCUUGCAAUUGGUGGAGCUGGAGUUUAUUCGCAAAGAUGCCAUCACAAACCAGCAGAACAAGGCACGAUACCUCAGGCUGAUCUUCGACUUGCUCGAGGCCAAAGACUCCACAGUCGUCUAUGAGGCAGCGUCCUCGCUCACCGCUCUCACAAACAACCCAGUUGCAGUCAAGGCAGCGGCAGCCAAGUUCAUCGAGCUGGCCAUCAAAGAGUCGGACAACAACGUCAAGCUCAUUGUAUUGGAGAGAGUCAACACCCUCAGGAAAGCGAACGAGGGCAUUUUAGAUGACCUGACGAUGGAGAUCCUGCGCGUACUUUCGAGCCCUGACUUGGAUGUGCGGAGAAAGGCAUUGGAGCUGGCAAUGGACAUGGUCUCCAGCAAGAAUGUCGAAGAAGUGGUAAUGCUGCUCAAGAAAGAGCUCGCCAAGACGGUCGACGAGCAAUACGAAAAGAACAACGAGUACAGGUCACUCCUGAUCCACUCGAUCCACCAAUGUGCAAUCAGAUUCUCUGAGAUUGCGGAGAGUGUGGUUGGCCUGCUCAUGGAUUUUAUCUCCGAUUUCAACAACUCCUCUGCGGUGGAUGUUAUCUCUUUCGUCAAGGAGGUCGUGGAGCGAUUCCCCAAGAUGCGCAGUCCGAUCGUCGAGAGGCUUGUUUCAACACUCAGCGAAGUGCGCGCUGGAAAGGUAUACCGAGGCAGCGUCUGGAUCAUUGGAGAGUACUCACUUGAACUCAACGACAUCAGAGAAGCAUGGAAGAGGAUUCGGGCCAGCUUGGGCGAAAUUCCCAUUGUUGCAUCUGAGGCUCGACUGCUGGAGGAGCAACCUGAUGGGGAACCAGAGCUCAACGAUCAAGUCAACGGCCACCCCAAGCCAUCUGCACCAACUGGCUCGCGCAAGGUCCUCGCAGAUGGCACAUAUGCUACGGAGAGUGCACUUACCAGCCAGUCUUCUGCAAAGGCCAAGCUCGAUGCUGUGAAAGCAGCUCAGAAGCCUCCGUUGCGACAACUUAUCCUGGACGGCGACUUUUUUCUGGCCACGGUCCUGUCUUCCACCCUCACCAAACUCGUCAUGCGGCACUCUGAGAUCUCUACCGAUGCCGCGAGAACGAAUGCCCUCCGUGCCGAGGCUAUGCUCAUCAUGAUUUCAAUCAUCCGCGCUGGUCAGUCGCAAUUCGUCAAGGCACCCAUCGACGAGGACUCCGUCGACAGAAUCAUGUCUUGCGUUGGGUCGUUGGCAGAGUUUGCCCAGAAGAAGGACCUUGAGACUGCGUUCCUGGACGACACGAGAAAAGCUUUCCGCGAUAUGGUCCAGGUGGAGGAGAAGAAGCGUGCUGAGAAGGAUGCUGUCCUCAAAGCUAAGAACGCCAUUCAGGUUGACGAUGUUGUAUCGAUACGACAACUCAGCAAGAAGAAUGUCGAUGGUGCCGAGGAGGCCGAGAUCGACCUCGAAAAGGCAACAGGAGGCGAUGCUACGACCGAGAACUUGACGUCCAAACUCAGCCACGUGGUACAACUCACUGGUUUCUCGGAUCCUGUCUACGCCGAAGCAUACGUUCAAGUUCACCAAUUCGAUAUCAUCUUGGAUGUGCUGCUUGUCAACCAAACACGAGAAACGCUGCAAAAUCUGUCUGUCGAGUUUGCUACUUUGGGCGACCUCAAGGUGGUGGAAAGACCAACUACUCAGAAUCUUCCAGCAUUGGACUUUUUGAACGUUCAGGCUACCAUCAAGGUGUCGUCUACCGAUACUGGUGUCAUCUUCGGUAACGUCGUAUACGAUGGAGCAUCCUCGACCGAAUCGCACGUUGUCAUCCUGAACGAUGUGCACGUCGACAUAAUGGACUACAUACAACCCGCGCAGUGCACAGAGACACAAUUCCGAACCAUGUGGACCGAAUUCGAGUGGGAGAACAAGGUCAACAUCAACACCAAGAUGCCAGAAGGCACUGGUCUCAGAGAUUUCCUGCAACGACUGAUGAAGGUGACGAAUAUGAGCUGUUUGACACCUGACGCGAGCUUGGAGGGCGACUGUCAGUUCUUGAGUGCCAACCUCUACGCCAGGAGCGUAUUCGGCGAGGACGCACUUGCGAACUUGAGUGUGGAGAAAGAGGGAGACAAUGGUCCUGUUACCGGGUUCAUGCGGAUACGAAGUCGAUCACAAGGCUUGGCGUUGAGCUUGGGAUCCCUCAAGGGGCUGAGCAAGAUUGGAGAAUUGUCUUGA